CCUAGGUUUUGCCACCGCCAAGUGCCCAAUCCGUACGUGUUGAUCCCGGCCGGCUGUCUGGGCGCGGUGAUUGACGCUGUUCGUGGCCGUUCUCACCUCUCAUUUUCUCGCUGAUGGCGACAAUGAAGGUGCAGCUGAGUCGACAGUGCCCGCCGUUUGGCGUGCUGCUGACGGCCGAGCACGUGCGCGCGCGCGGCGGCGCCGUCACGCUGGAGUGGGCUGGCCAGACGAGUGUGGUCGUGUCUGCCGACCUGACGCUGACGGCCCCUGCCACGGUGUGCCGCCAUCUAGCGCGCCAGGCCGCCGACGCCGAUCGCCUGUACGGCGCCACGCCGCUGGCGCGCACCACGGCCGACCACUGGCUGGCGUUCGGCGCGCGGCUGGCGGCCGGCGCCGGCGCGCGGCCGCAGCUGGUGGCGGCGCUGGCCGAGUUCGACGCGGUGCUGCUGACGCUGUCGUUCCUGGUCGGCGAGGCCGUCACGGUCGCCGACUACGCCGUGUGGGGCGUGCUGCACGGCAGCGGCCACUUCCAGGCGCUGCUAGCCGACGGCGCCGUGCCGGCCAACGUGCUGCGCUGGUACCGGCUCAUCGCCGAUCAGGCCGUCACCAAGGCGGCGCUGGCUGCGCUGCCCAGCGAGCUGCGCCCCCUGCCUGCCGCCGCGCCGCCGCCGGCCGCCGCCACCGCGCGCAAGGAGGAGGGCAAGUUCGUCGAGCUGCCCGGCGCCGAGAUGGGCAAGGUGGUGGUGCGCUUCCCGCCGGAGGCGAGCGGCUUCCUGCACAUCGGCCACGCCAAGGCGGCGCUGCUCAACCAACACUACCAGAAGAUGUUCAAGGGGCAGCUUAUCAUGCGCUUCGACGACACGAACCCGCAGAAGGAGAAGGCUGACUUCGAGAAGGUGAUCCUGGAGGACCUGCAGCUGCUGGACAUCCACCCGGACCGCUUCACCCACUCGUCCGACCACUUCGACACCAUGCUGGGCAUGUGCGAGCGGCUGAUCAAAGAGGGUCGCGCUUACGUUGACGACACGGGGCCGGAGCAGAUGAAGACAGAGCGCGAGCAGAUGGUGGAGAGCGUCAACCGCGGCAGCACGCCUGAGCGCAACCUGCAGCUGUGGCGCGAGAUGCUGGCCGGCUCGGAGGUGGGGCAGCGCUGCUGCGUGCGCGCCAAGAUCGACAUGAAGUCGUUCAACGGCUGCAUGCGCGACCCCACCAUCUACCGGUGCAAGCCGGAGCCGCACGUGCGCACCGGCACCAAGUACAAGGCGUACCCGACGUACGACUUCUGUUGCCCGAUCGUGGAUAGUCUGGAGGGCGUGACGCACGCGCUGCGUACCACGGAGUACCACGACCGCGACGACCAGUACUUCUGGUUCAUCGAUGCGCUCGGCCUGCGCAAGCCGCACAUCUACGAGUACAGCCGCCUGAACAUGACCAACACGGUGCUGUCCAAGCGCAAGCUGACCUGGUUCGUCGACUCGGGCCUGGUGACCGGCUGGGACGACCCGCGCUUCCCCACCGUACGCGGCGUGCUGCGCCGCGGUAUGACGGUGGAGGGCCUGCGCCAGUUCAUCGUGGCGCAGGGCUCGUCGCGCGCCGUCGUCUUCAUGGAGUGGGACAAGAUCUGGGCGUUCAACAAGAAGGUGAUCGACCCGGUGGCGCCGCGCUACACGGCCGUGCCGGCCGACGGCGCCGUGGCGGUGACUGUGCGUGGCGUCGCCGAGCAGGCCACGCAGGCGGCCAAGCACCCCAAGAACGCCGACGUCGGCACCAAGACCGUGUGGACGGCGCCGCGCGUGCUGAUCGACGCCGCCGACGUGGACGUGCUGCGGGAGGGCCAGAACGCCACGUUCAUCAACUGGGGCAACAUCCGCAUCGACCGGGUGGUGCGCGGCGCCGACGGCGUCUCGGUGGACGCCACACCGCAGCUGGACAACAAGGACUUCAAGAAGACGCCCAAGCUGACGUGGUUGGCCGACACGCCGCGCGCGCCGCUCGUGCCGGCCGUCUGCGUCUACUACGAGCACAUCAUUUCCAAGCCGGUGCUCGGGAAGGACGAGGACUUCAAGCAGUAUAUCGCGCGCCAGACGCGCUCCGAGGUGCUGAUGCUGGGCGACCCGGAGCUGGCGCACGUGAAGCAGUCGGAGAUCAUUCAGCUGCAGCGGCUCGGCUUCUUCAUCUGCGACUCGCCGUACCGGCCUGCCAGCGUGCACUCGGGUCGCGAGAGCCCGUGCGUGCUCAUCUACAUCCCGGAUGGUCACUCUAAGGAGCCGACGUCCUCCGCGAAGGCGGCGAAGGCGGCCCCGGCCCAGAAGACGGGUGCGAGCCCGCCGGCAACCGCGCCGGCCAGCGCCAGUCAGCUGCACGAACGGAUCGCCGCCCAGGGCGACAAGGUGCGUCAGCUUAAGACCGACAAGGCGGACAAGGUCGCAGUCGACGCCGAGGUGAAGACGCUGCUGGCGUUGAAGGCCGAGUUCAAGGCGGCCGCUGGCCAGGACUGGAAACCAGGGAUGAAGAUACCCGACGCGGCUGCGGCGACGGUGCCAGCUGACGCCAACGCUGCGUCCAACCUGGCGCAGAAGAUCGCCGCCCAGGGCGACAAGGUGCGUCAGCUCAAGACUGACAAGGCGGACAAGGUCGCAGUCGAAGCCGAGGUAAAGACACUGCUGGCGUUGAAGGCCGAGUUUAAGGCGGCCACAGGCCAGGACUGGAAGCCGGGGAUGAAAAUACCAGAGGCGGCUGCGGCGACGCCGGCUGGUGCGAACGCGGCGGCCGACCUGAACCAGAAAAUCGGCGCCCAGGGCGACAAGGUACGCCAACUGAAGACGGCCAAGGCUGACAAGGCUACUGUGGAUGCCGACGAAGUGAAGACUCUGCUGGCGUUGAAGGUCGAGUUUAAAGCGGCUACUGGCCAGGACUGGAAACCGGGCGUCCAGUUACCGUCUGCGGCUCCUGCCGCCGCUCCUUCCGCCUCCGCCGGCGCCGCUGCCACCGCUCAGCUGAAUCAGCGCAUCAUCGAACAAGGCGACAAGGUGCGGAAGCUCAAGGGCGACAAGGCGGACAAGAGCGCGAUCGAGGCAGCCGUCAAGGAGCUGUUGGCGCUGAAGGCCGAGUUCAAGUCGUCUUGCGGACUGGACUGGAAGCCGGGCAUGGCCCUGCCACCGGCCGCCACCGCCGCCGCCGCCGCCGUUGGGGCCGGCGACGCGGCCGACCUCGGCCAGAAGAUCGCCGCCCAGGGCGACAAGGUGCGUCAGCUCAAGACGGCCAAGGCCGAGAAGGCUGCCAUUGACGCUGAGGUGAAGACGCUGCUGGCGUUGAAGGCCGAGUUUAAGGCGGCCACCGGCCAGGACUGGAAGCCGGGCGCGACCACCGCACCGGCCGCGGCCGUGACCGCGGCCCCCGCUGCCUCCACGCCGCCGUCCGCCGCCGCCGAGGCGCUCCAGAAACAGGUGGAGGAGCAGGGCGGUAAGGUGCGCGAGCUCAAGGCUAAGAAGGCGGCCAAGGAGCUGGUGGACGCGGAGGUGAAGGUGCUGCUGAAGUUGAAGCAGGAUUACAAGGAGCUAACCGGCCAGGAGGCAGGCGGCGCGCGCGCCUCUGGCGGCAAGAAGCCGGCGGAGAAGAAGCCGGCCAAGCAGGCGGCCAAACCCGCCGAGCCGGCUGUCGAUGACGCUACUGCCAAGAAGCAGACCCGCCUCGGCAUGGAGGCGAAGAAGAACGAGGCUCUGUCGGACUGGUAUUCGCAGGUGAUCACCAAGUCUGAGAUGAUCGAGUACUACGACGUUAGCGGCUGCUACAUCCUGCGACCCUGGGCUUACGCUAUCUGGGAGGCCAUCAAGGACUUCUUCGACGGCGAGAUUAAGAAACUCGGUGUUGAGAACUGCUACUUCCCGAUCUUCGUCUCGCACGCUGCCCUGGAGAAGGAGAAGACGCACAUCGCCGACUUCGCUCCGGAGGUGGCCUGGGUCACCAAGUCGGGCGACACAGAGCUGGCCGAGCCGAUCGCCAUCCGGCCGACCAGCGAGACCGUCAUGUACCCGUCGUACGCACGCUGGAUCCAGUCGCACCGCGACCUGCCGCUGCGGCUCAACCAGUGGUGCAACGUGGUGCGCUGGGAGUUCAAGCACCCGCAGCCGUUCCUGCGCACGCGCGAGUUCCUCUGGCAAGAGGGACACACGGCGUUCGCCACGCAGGAGGAGGCGGCCACCGAGGUGCUGCAGAUCCUCGACCUGUACCGCCAGAUCUACGAGCACCUGCUCGCCAUCCCCGUCAUCCCCGGACGGAAGACGGAGAAGGAGAAGUUUGCCGGCGGAGACUACACCACCACGGUGGAGGCGUACGUGGGCGCGAGCGGCCGGGCCAUCCAGGGCGGCACCUCGCACCACCUGGGCCAGAACUUCAGCAAGAUGUUCGACAUCGUGUUCGAGCACCCUGAGACGCAGGAGAAGCAGCACGUGUUCCAGAACUCGUGGGGCCUGACCACGCGCACGCUGGGCGUCAUGGUGAUGGUGCACGGCGACGACCAGGGCCUGGUGCUGCCGCCGCGGGUGGCCAGCGUACAGGUGGUGGUCGUUCCGUGCGGCAUCACAGCCAGCAUGAAGGACGCGGACCGCGACCGGCUGCUGGCGGCCUGCGGCGAGUACGAGACCCAGCUGAAGGCGGCGGGCGUGCGGUGCCGCGCCGACCUGCGGCUCAACUACUCACCUGGCUGGAAGUUCAACCACUGGGAACUGAAAGGCGUGCCGCUGCGGCUCGAGCUGGGGCCGCGCGACCUGCGUCAAGGCGAGUACGUGCUCGUGCGCCGCGACACGGGCGCCAAGCAGACGCACAAGCGCGAGGCGCUCUCCAAGGAGGUGCCCGCCCACUUGGAGGUCAUCCAGGCGGCCAUGUUCGAGCGCGCCAAGCGCGAGCAGGACGAGCAUGUGGUGGUAUGCCACGACUUCACCGAGUUCUGCAGCAAGCUGGACAGCAAGUGCCUCAUCCAGGCGCCUUACUGCGGCGAGAUCAGCUGUGAGGAGAGGAUCAAGAAGGACUCGGCCAGGGAGGAGGCUGUCGAGCCUGGCGCGCCCGCCAUGGGUGCCAAGGGCCUCUGCACUCCGUUCACGCAGCCGCGAGAGCUGGCAGCCGAUGCCCGCUGCAUCUAUCCCAGCUGCACCAACAAGCCAAAACACUAUACGAUGUUCGGCAGGAGCUACUAGCGCUGCAGGCGCGCCCGCAACACUGCCGGCCUCCGGCCAAAGGCCUACAUGCUGUUGGUGCUCGCACGUGCGGGCUGUUACGGAAUACACACAAUUAUGGUGA